AUGUCAAGAGAAAUUCAUUCAAGUCAAGUAGAUUACACCGCUUUUAACGAAACAGGUCCAAGUUAUGUACCAUAUGUCGUUCAACCAGAAAGUGGUACUUCAACAACUCUUUCUUCACAAGGUCAAAUUAUAAAAUUCAAUCUUGGUGCAAGUUCAGUAUAUAAUUUAUCAAGAAGUUGGUUACAAUUUGAUUUAACCAUUCCAGCUGGUGGUGCAAAUAAUGUACCAUAUUUAUUCGCUGAUUACAUUUCAUUCUUUAGUCAAAUUUCAUUUCAAUCGCGUAGUGGUGGUGAUACUAUUAUAUUUACACCAGGUUUUGCAUCAAAUAAUGCAACAAAUUACAGAUAUCAAAUUAAUACAGCAAAUCAAGCAGAUAAACCAUAUAGUGAAUGUCAGUAUUUAAUUGGUGCUGUAACAGCAAAUGUACCAACUAAAUUCUCAGUAAAAAUUUAUCUUAGUGAUAUCUAUGAUACCAUAUUAUCAUUGGAUAAAGAUUUAAUAUUUGGUGAUAUUAUGCAAUUGCAAUUUACAUUAAACCCAUUAACAUCACUUGGUUUUUAUGGUACUGCAGCAAGUCCACCAGUAUUAGCAGCUGCACCAAAUUUAACUCAAGCUCCAAUGAAUAUCCAAAAUAUUACAUUAUAUCUUGCAACUGAGACAAAUCAAAUUAUUAUUGAUCAAUUACGUAAUAAAUUAAAUGAAGGGCUUCCAAUUUUAUACAGCAAUGUUCAAACAUUUUCAGCUUCUCAAAAUUCAAAUAUUCAAAGUAUUAGUUUUACAGUUCCAAGUGGAAGAGUAUUAACAUUGGAUCGUAUCUAUUAUUCAAUAUUUACAACAAAUCAAGCAACUGCAAAUUUACCACCAGUUCAAAAUGAUAUUGCUUCAACUCUAGUAAGUAAUUUCCAAACUAGUCUAGAUAAUCAACCAUUAACCCCAUAUCCAUUAAUUCCACCAUCAUAUAUGGAUUAUGAUACAAAUAAAAAAUUAUUAGAAGGUAGUUCAAUCAUGUCUGGUGACAUUAAUAACUAUAACUGGUGCUGGAUUCAAGAUUUUUGCAAUGGUACUCAAUCAGAUGUUCCAAAUGAUAAUACAUAUAAAGGAAUUCCAAUUCAUAACCGUAGUCCAACAUAUGCUGCAACUGUAUAUCUCACUGCAGCAAAUAACAAUUCUCAUUAUUGUUUUGUUGUUACAAAAGAACAUCGUGUUAUUAAUAAUGGAAUGAGUGGUAGACCAUUGAUUGAAUUAAUGUGCAAACCAAAUCAAGAAAAAACAAUCAAUAUUUAUGGACACUUUACAGAAACUAAAAAUCGAUUCACUGUGCCAAUCACUGAUAUUGGCUUUAUUCCAAAUAGGAUUGAAUUAAAAGGGUACUCAAUAGGGAGUUUUAUUUCAAAUAGAGAUAAUCCGCCACCAUUUUUAUUAUUAUCAAUCUUAUCAGACAUACCAGGUAUUAGUGGUAAUUUAACUUUGUCCGCUCUUUGA